ACAGCUGUCACAAAUAUUUAAAAACUGCAAAGGCGCCGGUCGUUUAUUCUGAAUAAUACUGGUAUAAAACAAUAAAAUGUCAGCUUUUCACGGAUUUCCUGAGCUCCCAGGGCCAGAGGAAAUCCCAUUUUGUAAGUUAAACGAGGUUUACUGUUGUGCAAAUUCUCGUUACGGCAAUAUAUCAACAUUUACAAACUCGACGAGAAGCCAUCCCGUGAUCAAUGUAACGCGAGACAUACAUCACCACAGGACGACUGAUGAGAACAUUUCUAUGUACAUUGACGUCGAGGACAACUUACUCAAAAAAAUUACUAGUGUGUGGUACAAGCAGGGGUUUUUGGAGGCUCUGGCAGUCGCCGCUGACCCCUCAGUGAAUCGCGAGAGCCAGGCCCUCGCUUACGCCGCUUCAUACGUGUUAAAAGUCGCUAAUGUUUUCUCAGCGUUUAGAUACUUCUUGCAGCCACAUUUGAAGGAUAUUGGGCCUAAAAUCGUUGCUAAUUACUCGAGGACUAGGAACUGGGGUAAUGCGCCUAUAAAAUGUAUAGCUUGGCAUCCUCAUACCACUAAGAUGGCUGUAGCAACAGUGGAUGACAAUGUGAGGAUAUAUUGCUCUGAAGUGGCGUUUGUGUCCACAUUGAAAUGUAAAGCACAAGGGCACGUGUCCUCAUUGAGUUGGAGACCGUUCUCGGCUUCCGAGCUAGCUGUGGGGUGUGAACAGGGAGUCAUAGUGUGGACUGUAGACCCUAAUUCCAUGUUCACUAAGCCGUCUUCUAGUAAUGCUGUUGUUUUGAAAAGGCCCGGCCACAGUCCAGUGACAGAUGUGAGCUGGUCUCCCAAUGGUGACUUACUAAUCAGCUGUUCUGGAGCGGACACUUCCAUGCUAAUAUGGGAUGUUUCCAUGGAAACGGCAGUUCCACUCCGGAGGGUUGCGGGCGGGGGCAUCAUCUUCGCCCGCUGGUCAUUUGAUGCUAGCAAAGUAUUUGCGGCUACCUCUUCUAUUAUAUUUAGAGUAUGGGACACAAAACGUUGGAAGCCAGACCGCUGGUGUGCGCGCGGUAACCAUGUAGUGGCAGCGUGCUGGGGACCUUCGGACAUCCUGCUGUUUGCUGCCAAAGGCGAGCCCAUGGUGUAUGCGCUCACCAACACUGGACUUAUGAGUGGAUCUCAAACCAGUAAAGCUCUACCAGUGCUCGACGUGACGAAGGUGGAGCUACCAUCAGGGGACACGGUGGGAGGACCCAUACUGGACAUGUGUUGGGAUCCCACGGGCAAAUACCUGGCCAUACUGUUCGAGGAGUCUCAUCUAGUCACCGUGUUCUGCACCACCAAGCUCAUGUUACAGCUUAAGAUUACACCUUGCUGCUUCGUCUGCGGCAUGGAUGUGGAAGUUCCUUCAACGAUAGCGUUCCAACAGAACUUCAGCGAGGGAGCCUGUCUCACCAUCGCCUGGUCGAGCGGGCGAGUGCAGCACUUCCCCAUCAUAUACACCGAUACGUAUUGACCAUGCAUUAUGUAGAUUGUGACGUUAUUCGUGAAGUUAAGCAAGUUUAUCCAUGUUUAUUUAUUAUAUAGCCAUUUAUAAUUAUUAUGUUAUCGGCUUACUCACGUAACUGUUUGACGAGGAACUCGACUAGUUUCAAACCAUCAUAUAGCCAUUGUUGAAUGAAAUAUUUAAGCAAUAAUUACAUUAUAAAAAACUAGCUUCUGCCAGUGGCUUCACCCGCGUUUCCGUGGGCUACCUAGCCCUACUGGGCCCCAUCUCUGGUGGUCUGAUGACUCUAAGAGGCGUCUGGCUCUGAUCGGGCGACGAGCUACCCGUGCUCGCCGUCCGCAGACCCGUGUUUACGGUGGCCGGAGAUCAUCUCGCGAUCAGGAAAUAAAGAGGGACGUAACGUUAAUGUCAAUUAAGUUAAAAUACUACUGAAUAAUAAACAAGGUGACUAUCAAACUAAUCAAUAAAUUGUAACUUUUAUUCGGAUUUAACUUGCUUGACUUGAAUGUAAACUAAGUAGUGUAAGGAAUGGUAGUUUGGUAAUAUAAUUGUCAGUCUUACCUUGUAUGGUGAUUUCUUCAUUGUACUUAUAUAUACGUAAGUUGGCAUUAAAAGCCAUUUACGCAUCUAAGGCAGUAGGAUACUAAAUUAAUUUUUAAUCUGCAUUUACGAUAGAUUUGAUUUUAACAUUGUGCUAGUUGGACCAAAAUAUUUUAGCACUUGGUACAUAGAACAUAAUGUAAAUAUAUGCCGAUGAACGCAGAUCUGCGUGAUACACAAUGUGUUUUCUAUUGUGUCUUAUAUACGAGAAAUUAAUAUUUUCUACUCGUUUCAUAAAUUAUGUAUUAUACUUCUAAUAGAUGCGUAAAAGGUUUUUUAAUACAAUAAUAAGUUGUAAGACAAACAAAAAUAUAUAAAAAGACUGCCUGAUAUUUUUGUAAUUAUUAAAAUGUAAAAAUAUUUAUAUUUAACAAUAAAACAAUCAUUCAA